AUGUUACCAAAAAAGAAAAAACAGUACCGUCCUUAUAAAAUAAGUUUUGGUCUUUGUGGUAUCCCAGAAAAGCUGAUUGAUGGUUUAGUAGAACGAGAAGACAUAAAUAACUUGACAGUGAUAAGUAAUAAUGCUGGAGUUGAUAAUUUUGGSUUGGGAAAACUAUUAAAACAAAAUAAAAUAUCUAAAUUAAUUGGUUCAUAUGUGGGUGAGAAUUCUGAAUUUGUUCAGCAGUAUUUAAACGGAGAGCUUACAGUAGAGCUCACACCUCAAGGAACAUUAGCUGAGCGUAUACGAGCUGGAGGUGCAGGUAUACCAGCAUUUUAUACUCCAACUGCUGUAGGUACUCUUGUGGAAGAAGGAGGUAUCCCACUAAAGUAUGCAUUGCAUAAAGAAUCAGCAGAAGAUAAUGAGAACAAUGAAGUUAACCAAAAAAACCCAAGUAGAAGCGUGGAAAUCGCCAGCGAAGUUCGAGAAACUCAAGUCUUUGAUGAUAAGACAUAUGUUUUGGAAAAAGCAAUAACAGCCGAUUAUGCUAUCAUUAAAGCACAAAAGGCAGACCAUGAAGGAAAUCUUGUAUUCAAUAAAUCAACUCGAAACUUUAAUGCAGUCAUGUGUACAGCUGCAAAAACUACAAUUGUAGAAGUUGAAGARAUAGUUGAAAAUGGUCAUAUUGAUCCAGAUCAAGUACAUGUUCCUGGAAUAUAUGUUGAUCGAAUUGUUCUUGGCAAAGAUUACAUCAAAAAAAUUGAAAAAACUGUUUUGUCUAAAAAGUCUGAUGAAUCCAUUUCCAUGUUAGUUAGCUCACCAGCUGCUCAAUUGAGAGAAAAAAUUGUUAAACGUGCAGCUCUUGAAUUCAAAAACGGCAUGUACAUUAAUUUGGGCAUAGGCAUGCCAAUGUUAGCUAGUAAUUACAUUCCUGAAGGUAUUCGAGUAAUGUUACAUAGUGAAAACGGUAUUAUCGGUCUUGGUCCAUAUCCAUCAUCCAAAAAAUUUGUUGAUCCAGAUUUAAUAAAUGCUGGUAAAGAAACAGUAACUGUCAUACCUGGUAGCAGUUUUUUUGGUAGUGAAGAAAGUUUUGCAAUGAUAAGAGGAGGUCAUUUGGAUUUAACUAUAUUGGGUGCAAUGGAGGUGUCACAAUACGGGGAUUUGGCUAAUUGGAUGAUACCAGGAAAAUUGGUCAAAGGUAUGGGUGGUGCAAUGGACCUUGUAUCAGCUCCACAUACCAAAGUCAUAGUAGUUAUGGAACAUACAACAAAAGACGGGUCACCAAAAAUUAUAUCUAAUUGUAAUCUUCCGUUAACUGGUAUUCGAUGUGUAGACAAGAUUAUCACAGAGAAGUGCGUAUUUGAUGUGGAUCCAGAGAAUGGAUUGACUUUAGUUGAGAUUGCUGAAGGUGUUGAAAUUGUUGAUAUAGUUCAAAGUACUGGAUGUGAGUUUGUCAAAGCAGAUAACUUGAAAAUAAUGGGACAAGUAGAAUAGCUUUAAAUUAUAAUUACUAAAAAUGUAUAAUUUGUUAUGUUAAUAAAAUCAAUUUUGCAUUUAGUG